UGACGCUCGGACGGCACAUUUGAGAGAUGGCUGGAACCAGGCACCUCAGUAAGAGUUUGGAUGCCUUUCGGGGUCUUUUCGGGAGCGGCUUACGCCCGCGCUUUCCACGGGGUGCACGGAUAAGCCCUACUACGCUUCAUUGGAGAUGUUUAAGCUCUAGCAGGUUCCUUGGUCCUCUAAUAAUGAAGUCCUGCUCUUUCCUGGACUCCAGAUCAAUUAUGAGAAAGCAGGUCCGGCCCUUCCUCAACCUUGCCGCUCCUCUACUUGGUGCCAAGCGUAUGGAAUACACUGAAAUCCGUCAACUUCCGUACUCUGUUGACCAGAUGUAUGACAUUGUAGCCGAUGUUGGCAGCUACCAGCUCUUUGUUCCCUGGUGUAACUGCUCCCGCAUAAUUUCCCAUCACAAAGAAGUCUCCCAGGCUGAGCUGGAAGUGGGAUUUCCUCCUGUGGUUGAGCGCUAUGUCUCGGAGAUCUCCUCAGUGCCUCACUGCCAGAUCCGGGCUGUGAGUAAAAAUGGGCGGUUAUUUCGGCAUCUGGAGACACUUUGGCAAUUUAAGCCAGGAAAUACAGGACGGCUAGAUUCUUGCACACUCACAUUUUAUGUCUCCUUUGAAUUCAAGUCCAGCUUCCAUUCACAACUGGCUAAUCUUUUCUUUAAUGAAGUAGUCAAGAGGAUGGCCUCAGCCUUUGAACAGAGAGCAGAGAAGUUGUACAGAACUCGAACGGCAGCCCAGCCACACCAGGCAAUUCACUGCACGUGAUAAUGGUCUUGGGAAUACUGACGUUGGAGUCCACCUUCCUGAUCUCAUAGAUCAAACUCUUCUUUUUGGAUCUCAUAGACCAAACUCUUCUUUUUGCCCGCAUCUGUAUCAUUUCUUGGGUGUUUUUAAUUCACUGACAUGACUUUAUUUAUGCCUAUUUACCUUGCCAAAAAAAAACAAAAAAAACCCUCCACCUCUCAAAGGUGCACAUUAUUUAAACGAUUCUGCUAUUUUAUUUACAAUAAAAAUAAAUUAUUGGAUAUUUAAUUAUGAUGUUGUAAGGAUGACUCUUUGUUACAACGGAGAGACCCUGACCAUCACUGAAAGCUACAAAUAUUAUAAUGGAUUUUAAAAUUAUUUUUGAAACAGAAGGGUUUCAGAUUUUUAAAAAGUGGCAUAUUUAUUAGCUCACUGAAUAAUUUCUUGAAAUAUAGAAAAACAGCUAGCUAAGCACAAUACUUUUUCCCCCGCCCUUCAGUGGCAUUCAGAUGUAAGUUCCUACACUCUCCCUUUCUCUUGUUAAGCCUGUUUCUUCUUCUAGGUGGCAUGGGAUCUAUCUUUUGUUUCUUUCCUUGAAGGAACAACUUUCCUUUCAAAUUAAUUCAAACUACUCUAGAAUGUAUUGAAAAUGGAAUAAAAACAGGGGUGGGCAAUUGAUUUUUCUUUAGAGCUCACAAGAAGACCCUGGAAUGAGCAAGUUGAUCAAAACUUGUUCCUUGUGAGCCAGCCUUUCUUUUACUCAAAAUUCUCCUGAGUAUAGAGGCUUUUGUGAACAGCAACAGCAUGUAGCACAAGGCUGUUAAGUAAUUGAGAAGUUGCAAAUAUUAGGCUAGGCUAGUCAUAUAGGAGUUAUAUAGACAGUGAUGCAGUCUAACUCUGAUCUCUUGAAAUAUUUUAUACCUGAGCCGCCUGGGUAGAAGCAAGUGAUUGCCUAAGACAGGAAUUGCUGACAAGGUUAGAGUUUAGUUGCAGCAGAGAUGACGCCACCAAGCUGACUCCUACUCGGAUGGCGUAAUUGCUUAAGCACAGCAGAAAAACGAUAACUUGCGCCAAAAAUGGCAAUUUUCUAUUCUGAGGCA